AUGGAACUUAAGAAAACACUCUUUGAUACGUUCUACAGAAACAAAGGUGCAUUGGCUAGAAUACAGGUAUCAGCUACAGAAGAGCGCAUCAAGAAGCUUGAACAACAGAGAGAUGCCCUCACAAAGCAAGUUAGAGAAAUUAGGGAAGAGAUAAUCGUAAUAAGUGAAAAUAGUUCAAAUGUAGGCGUAGUCUGCAACAAAAUGGGAGAGAAGAAGUGUAUGAUUAAAAUGCACCCAGAUGGAAAAUACGUAGUUAAGGUUGAGUCACAUGUGGACUACAAUGCACUAAAACCAAAUACACGUGUUGCCUUGAGAGCAGACAAUUUCAGCAUUCACCGAAUUCUACCUACAAAAGUGGAUCCACUUGUUUCGCUUAUGAUGGUUGAGAAGGUUCCAGACUCAACGUAUUCAAUGAUUGGGGGAUUGGAUGAACAGAUCAAAGAGAUUAGGGAGACUGUUGAGUUACCAAUUAAGCACCCAGAACUCUUUGAAAAUCUUGGUAUUUCACAGCCUAAGGGUGUUUUGCUUUAUGGUCCACCUGGAACAGGAAAGACCCUUUUGGCUAGGGCAGUUGCACACCACACUAAAUGCAAAUUCAUUCGUGUUUCUGGCUCAGAACUAGUUCAGAAAUACAUUGGAGAAGGAAGCAGACUAGUAAGAGAACUAUUCGUGAUGGCACGCGAGCAUGCUCCAUCUAUCAUCUUCAUUGAUGAAAUUGAUUCAAUCGGAUCAGCAAGAACAGAUGGAUCAAAAGGAAGUGAUAGCGAAGUUCAACGUACGAUGAUGGAGCUAUUGAAUCAGUUGGAUGGAUUUGAAUCAGAGAAAAAUAUUAAGGUGAUCAUGGCUACAAACAGAAUUGAUAUUCUUGAUCCAGCAUUACUUAGAACAGGACGAAUUGAUAAAAAGAUUGAGUUUCCAAAUCCAAAGGCAGAAGCACGUGUUGAGAUACUCAAAAUUCAUAGCAGAAAAAUGAAUUUGAGUAAGGGACUUGAUUUGAGCACUUUGGCAGAGAAACUUGUUGGGGCCUCUGGUGCAGAAGCAAAAGCAGUUUGCACUGAAGCAGGAAUGUACGCGUUGAGAGAGAACAGGGUUCACGUAACCCAAGAGGACUUCGAGUUGGCUGUGAGCAAGGUCAUGAAGAAGAGCAAGAUGGACGAAACAAUGAGAAAACUCCUCAAGUGA